AUGAAGGUUCCCAAGGAAGAUAUCAAAGAACAAAAUAACGAUAAUACACUAAACGAAGAUGACAAUAUGAGUAAUCCAUAUGAUACAGAAUCAAAUUCAGACUCUAUUGAUCCACCAACAAGGGAUGGUGAUUUCUCUGAAUACAUGUGGAUGGAAAAUCAAGAAGAGUUUGAUCUACAGGUAUUUAUCUAAGAGUUAUGAUUUAAAUUUAAAAUGCAUUAUUUUAUUAAGUAAAAAUUGCAAAAAAAAAAAAUAAGUAGACACCUACAUAAAUAUAAUAAAUUGAAUUUAUGAUUUCCAUUAUAAUAUCAAAUUUUAAAACUAUUUUUUUUUUUCAUUCUGUUAGAAUAUUAUAUAUUUGUAUUUUUUUUCCUAUUUUAAUAUCUUACUAUGUUAUCUAUAGGUUAUGAAGGAAUUAGAAGAAAAAGAAUUGAUGAAAGAAUGUCUUGAAGCUAUGUUAGAUGAUGAGCAUAGUGGUAAAAAUGGUACAGCGAAUGGUGACGCUCAAAUGUAAAUUAAACAAUUUAAUAUAUCUAAAGUUGUUAUAUAUGUAACUUUAAAUUUAACUGGUUAUUAUUUAUAGGAAUGGAUCAAGUAGCUCUACCUCAUCUUUGAACCACAGACUUGAUCAUUUGAGCUUAAAUUCACCUUGUAAUAAUGGUGAUCAACCAAGGCAAUCUACUGUAAGUUGGUCUUGUGAUUUAUUAAUUAAUUUUGAUUUUCGAUGCCAGCAAAAUAUGUAUACUAUAUAUAGAAGAUAGGGAAAGAUUUAUAUGAAAUUCAAUAAUUGAAAAUAUAAAAAAAAAUCGCAGAAGAAAUUGAUCGUCAAAAACAGUUUGAGUAUUAAGAAGUAAUGGCCAUAUGUAUUGCCCAGUGGUUUUCAGUCUUUUACAAAUUGCAACCCCUAAAUUUUUUUAUUUUUUUUAUAUGACAAUGUUUAAUAUAAUUUUUUCAAAAUGUUGACGACCAUUCCCAAUAUUCACUCGUGAUUCCCUAGUUAAUAUCCGCUGGUCUACACCUGUAUAAUUGGCAAUAUAGCAUGAUUAGGCUAAAACUCUGUAGAUACAUUUGGUGUAAAUUUUUAUGGAAUACCAUAACCUUUUUGUAAAACCAAAUAAUAAUUACAGUUAUUUAAAAUAGAAUUUGUUCCUUUCAUAAUAUAGACAAAUUAUAUUCUACAGAUCUAUACUUUCCAUCCAUGGCCAUGCAUUUUUAUCAAAUUUGUUAAAAACAUAAUCAAAUAUUAUGGUUUAACAUUAUUAUUUUUUUGUAACUAAUGAUAUAGUAAUAAUAUAUACCUUAUUUUUUUAUAUUAAAGAUAGGCUGUUAUUUUUAGGCAUGUAUUAUCGUUUAUGAUUUUAUUAGGCCUGUAUUGGCUAUGCAGUUUUGAGCAUAUUAUGGUUACUAGUUUAGCAGUUUAGUGAAAAAAUGUCUAAGCAAUAUUGUUUGAUAAUUAAAUUCACUUUUUAUUAACCAGGUUACCAUAAUCUGCAUACAAUUAUACAUUAUGUUUACUGACUAUCCAUUUGUAAAAUAUACAAUACUGUUUAGUAAAAAAACAUUUUGGUUAUAUUGCAAACAAUAUAACAAACUGUUUAUUAAAAACUGCAUUGCCAAAACACACAUAUUUACUAUAGUUAAACUGAUAUCUAAACAUUGUUAAAAAAUAAACAAAAUUUUGUAGAUAAUAGACAUAAUAUCAUUUAUAUUAUGAUUUUAUUCUUUAUUCUUUUGUAGUAAUUCAUCUUCUAUGCAUGUAGUUCUGGAUUCAUAUAAAUAAAUAUUUUUGAACAAAUCUGGAAUUUAAUUUUCUACAAAGUAGAUAUUUUCAAGAUUAAUUAUGUUGAAUCAACAGUUUAUUAUUAAAAUAAGAUUUAUUGAAUAUUAAUUUUAAAAAUACGAAAAUGUUGUCCUUUGAAAGUUUAUAAUUUAUAUUUUCUCUAAAUUAUAUGAUUUUUUUAAUAUUUUUACUGUUGCAAUUGGAGAACUUUCGGUGAUAAUCUUGAAUUUUCUAAAAAAAAUAAUGUUAAUAUCAAACUUAAUAGUUAAUAAUUAUUGAAGAAAUAUUUGACUUGUAACAAAAAUUGGUUUUGCUCUUCACUUUUUGAGAUUUUAUUAUUAAAUUAUAGGAACAAAAACUUGUGCUGCCUUUAUGUUAUAUUCUUAUAAAUAUUAAUAAAAUAAAAGUAAUCUCAAGUUCAGUUGUAUAUAAAUCUGUCUGAUAAUAUGGGGUGUCCUACAAAGAUAUACUCAAGACAAUAUCUUAGAAUGUAUCAACUUAUUUCGGAAUAUUUGUUUUGACAAUUUAAGUAACAAAUAGCUCCAAAAUAUGUCUACCAUUAUUUUUGUCAUCCUUAUCCUUGAAUGUAAAAUAACUGCUUACUUUCGGUUUUCAAAUGACAACUUCUAUGCAAAAUUUCCAAAAAUCAAAACAGUAUUCUUUGGUUUAAAUAUAUUUUGGUAUUGAAAUUUUUGAUUUCCAUAAACCUGUUAACAAGAUAUACCACUUUUAAUUUUGGGUUGGGUGGGGGAGGGUAAUUGAGUAUAAUAGUGUGGCGUCACAGCACACAUCAUUUGAAUAGUGCUCCAAUACCCAUAUUUAAUAAAGGAAUAUCUUUGCAAUUAGUUGAUCAAAAUCAAAAAUGUAAAUUAUUUUUUAAAUUUUAUCAUUUUGUGCCAGGAACGAAGAAAAGUCAUGUUUUUUCUAAACUGAGAAUUGAUUUUAAUCAAGAAUUGAUAACCGGUUUUAAGUCCCUAUUAAUUUAAUAUAAAAUUAAUAAAGAGAAGUAUUUAUCAAUGAAUUGUUAAUUUUUCAGAGUACAUUAAAUCCAGAUGCAGCAGAAUUUGUACCAUUAGCUACCAGAUCUUUGAAUAAUGCAUCUGCGGUGGUAGCAAGUCCUUCAUAA